UUGAAGAGUUAAAGUUAAAAAGCGAUAUUUUUCAAGUAAAAAUAGAAAUAAAAACAAUAAAUUCUAAAACUAAAUUUUUGAAAUAAAAAGUGAAUAUUGAAAGCUAUGACAGAAGAAUUAGAAUCUAUUGUUGUAGCAGGUGUGCCAGACGAGCAUAAAAAAACAUUAGAGUGGGUAAAUUCUCUUAAAAAACUUGAACUUAUAAAAGAACUCGAAAUUAGAAAUUUAGAUAUUAAUGGUACAAUAUCAGAAUUGAAAGUUAGAUUAUUUUGGUAUUUCUUACCUAAGAACUUAACAGAGAAUAAUAGCAAAAACGAUACUGAUCAAAAUAUACUCCCAUCUAAAGUAAUUAAUAAUUUUAAUAUGAAUAAAAAUUUAUUUUUCAAACCGACUAUUUUUUCGGGUGGCAUAAAUGAACGCGUAGAUUCAUUUUUAAAAACAUUCAAUAGAGCUGCAUUAAUUAAUAAUUGGUCAGAAAUAGAUAAACCACAAUAUUUAGUAGCCUUUUUACAAGGUCCAGCAUUAACAUUUUAUGAUAAUAUUGAAUCUAAAAAUUUACCAUGGAAAGAAUUAGAAAUAAGAUUUAGAGAAGAGUUUGAGCCAAUUGCGCAAAAUGAUAUGUUGCGAAUAUUAUUAGAGAGAAGAAAACAAGUAGAUGAUGAACAGACGGGUGUUUUUAUUAAUGAAAUAGAAGCAUUAUGUAAAAGAGUUGACAAAAAUAUGUCAGAGGAAGAGUUAGUACGAAAUGUAAUGAAAGGUUUAAAGCCGAGUAUUGCUAGAUACAUUGGAAUUCUUGAAAACCGUAAUUUAGAUGAGUUAAAAAAGAAUAUUCAUAAGUAUGAGAUGAUAGAAUUUAUGAUUACUGGGGAAUCUCCUAAAAGUCUAUCUGAAAUAAAACAGUCAAUAAUAACUGAAAAAAUUAAUCAAAUAACUAAAUUUAAUGAUAAUAAUGAAAUUCAAAAGUUAAAUGAAGAAAUUUUAAAUUUAAAGCAAAAUCAGGAACAAUUUAAUGAAUAUAUUAAUUUUAUACCUAAUAAAUCAAUAUAUACCGUACAAUAA